UGGGCGCCGCGCGGGCCGUGUCCCCUGGCGCGCACGCGCGUUGGAGGGGGCGCCAUGUCGGCGGAGCUCCCCGAGCCGGCCUUCGCCCAGGAGCACAAGGAAAUGGAAGAUAAAGUAACUAGCCCCGAGAAGGCUGAAGAAGCAAAAUUAAAAGCGCGGUAUCCUCAUCUGGGACAAAAGCCUGGAGGUUCGGAUUUCCUGAGGAAGCGUCUGCAGAAAGGACAAAAGUAUUUUGAUUCCGGGGAUUACAACAUGGCUAAAGCAAAAAUGAAGAAUAAGCAGCUGCCCGCUGCGGCUCCGGACAAGGCCGAGGUCACUGGGGACCAUAUUCCCACUCCACAGGAUCUUCCACAGCGGAAACCAUCUCUCGUGACUAGCAAGCUGGCUGGCUGAUUAAACCAGCCGAACUGCAUGAAUUUUCUCAUUCCCUUUAUUUCUCCUUUACUAUGUUAUUUCUCAGCUUUUUUUCUUACACUAAGUCGUUGAGACUGACAGCUUUGCAGGUAGCGAUAGCGUGUGCUGCUAUUGUAAGGGAGGGAAUAUGCUGUUACGGUUAAAGUGUGUAGUACUUUGGACUAGUUGAAAACCAUGCACUGAUGAAAAGGACAUGUUAGAGCAAUGUAAUCUACUUGAAAAUAAGUGUACAUAUUGCCUAUUUCCUAGUGUAGGGCAGGUUCCAGCAAGUAACAAACAAGUUUUACAACUUUUAAUGUUUUGGCUUCCCUUAUUUCACCUUAAUUUCAGCUUUGUGUGUUUGUAUUAUUUAAUAUAACCUCCUAUUGUGUUGCGUUCUUCUGUACUUUCUGUUGGGAUUUUGUAAAAGAGGUUUAGACCACAAGUUGUUAGAAAGAAAAAUCAUGUGCGUUGAAAAAAAAAAAAGCCAGAUGGGGUUCUUAAAAAUUUGUAUCUCUGCUCUUGAACUUGAAUGGCCUUAAACCUAUUUCAGCUUUAACAAUAGAAUUUUACUUGGGCAAUAUUUGCUCAUUCUUGUGUAACCUUUUGUGAACCUAGUGCUUAACAGCUGCCCGUUGAAGCUGGUAUUUUUUUUUUCCAGUUCUGUAGUAUUAGAACAAUUUCUGUUGAAGAUGUGAAUGAAGUGUGCAUGUGCAUAGACUGUUGAAUUCACUUUUGUGCCAUUUUUGUAAAUACAAUAGUUUUGCACAACCUCUUGCAAACGUCUGUAUUAAUUUCACACUUUGAAGAACAGAUAAUGUGUCACCUAUAAGCAAGCACAAGAGAGUUCCUUAGGAGGUUCCCACCCAAAACGGAGGUCGGUACUUUUGUGCCGGAAGAGCAGUUUACAAUCUUGGGUUUACAGACUACCAAACUGGAAUCUUUAUUCCAAGUCAACCGUGGACUUAAUGCUUUCUCCUCUAGAAUGAACAUCACUGAGACCGGUGGCCUUAGGCGUAUUUUGAAGGCCUAUAAGGAACACUCUGGAGUCACUGUCUUUUAUGAAAUGGUAAAUCUCGUAAUCCAUAGGAUUUUUAAAAAUCCGACUUUGUGAGCUCCAGAUCAAAAGCCCAAAGAAUUUUAGUCCCUUCCGCGGACUAGACCCAAACAGAACUGCGGGAAAUUCAGCCAUUUCGCUAAUACGGAGUUGCCAGUGUACUGGUGAUUUUCUUUUUACAACUGCUCUGCUGAAUUGUGUCAUUAUCAGUGUAACACACUAGGAUAGCUUAUUUAAAGCUGCCAGCACAUCUUGAUCAUCAGUUGAUCAUUUGACACUGUCAGAUGCAGAUCUGGGGGGGUGGGCAAAGCAAAUAAGAGUUCUUGCUGACAACUCAAACUUAGAGUUGCAGUGCCACAAAGUAAGAAAUCUGAAUUUAAUCAGAAAAAGAAAGGCUGAGUAUGUAAGGCCUUGCCACGAUUACAGAAUCUCACUGAUAAUUUUGGUUAUCGGGUGUGGCUUCAAUUUUUCUUAUGAAAUUAAUUCACAGCUGAGGGUUAACUUCAGCCCUACUGUCUGGCUUUUUAGAUACCUCCACUGAUGGUAAGCGCUCAAUAAAUACGAUUGAAUGAAUAUUCCAGUUCAAUCCUAUGGACAGAUUCAGAAGCUCUGUCAAGUGUAAAAAUGAACAGCCCCCGAUUUCACCAACGCUUCCUGAACUUGUUAGUGUCAUAGUGAUGUUGCAGCUAAUGUGUGAGCUUUGGUAGCCUAAAGAACAGUGCUGGUGCUGAUUUAUUUUGUUGUUGAUGUUUCUAAGUGAAAUUGGGCUAGGAAGACUUCAUUUCUGACUCAGCCUAGUUUCCUUUUGGUGUUGUAGAAAUCUGCAUGAAUACUUUUUUUUUUUAGCAAAAAAAAAAAUUACUUUUCCAAGUGGGUUGAGGUGGUUCUGAGGGUGUAAACUGAGAUUCAGAGAGGGGCUCCCUCCAACAUAUUUUUCACCUCUAGCCAUUUUCUCUUUGGAAAAAAGGCUGCCAACCUGCUGUUACCUUUCUCCAAACGGAUUUUUUAAAAGGGUAUCAAGAAGAUCUGGGUUUGCUCCUUAACUGUCCAGUAAGCAAUUUUAGAUCGUUACGAGGGGAUACUAACCCAUUGGGUAGAUAAGCGUUUAGCCAAGGAAUGAUUUCGGAAAUGCAAAAUAAUCCAACCUUGAAUUUCCACUCUUCGGUCCCUUAUUUUUGCAAUGAUGCUACCUCCAUUAAACCCAUUCCUCCGAGAAGAAUGGUCUGAAAACUGGACUGAGGGAAGACUCGAGGCUGAUCCCUACCAUGAAAAACAACAACUGUGGCCUUGAGCAAGUGACUUAACCUUUGCCUCGGCUUUAACCCAGGAUGUUAAUACUUAAUCUACCUCACAGCCGUUUUGAGGGCCUGAGAAAUGCCGUCUUAAGUGCCCGGUAUGAAAGACUUGCAGUCGUCUUUAUUUAAAAUGAUGCAGUUGCCUCAUAAGACAACCCAAUCUCUUGCUAGUCAGAGUACUGAGCACCUCAGGAUUUUUCCAUACGCAAGAUCUACCCACAAAGACUAGUUUGGCCAAGCGAGCACAUGGUGGGAGCCUGGGGAGAGCCUAAGUGGUGAAGACGUUUCCUAACGGCUGGCAGAGCAAUCAUGUAAACACUUUCCAGUUCUUCUCCCCUCAAAAAGCCGUCCAGUGAAAAUGCCUCUAGAUUGUAUAGAACGAUGGAAACAAUUUAGGAUUUAAUUGUAAAACAAAACGGUCAAUUCCUAACAAUCUGUUCCAGGCCAAGGAUGGUCUUGGAUAACUACUUUUUCUCCUCGAUGAUCCACUUUGAAGUUUUUUGCUAAUUUGUCCUAAAAUCUAAAUAACAAAGGAUAAGAAUGAGUAACUCUUUUUCUGCGUGGCCUCACCGUGCAUGGCCGGCUCUGGUUUAUUUUUGCCACCGUUUAAUCUCUUGCUUUGUAAAAGAGGUUUGGAUUUAGUCAUCGUCCCUGUGUUUGUAACCGAUCGGAUUGAAAAUGCCUACUGAAAACUCAUUUAUAACAACCUCUUACAACCUUGGAACCUUUAAAAUAGAUAAACCUAUGCACAUUGUAUCCGAGAAAUCCUGAGCGUAUUUUGGCUUUGAGGGUGGAUCAUGUAAUAUGUUUCUAUUAUAUAACUUAUGAAAUAACCAGCAGUUUGAAGUGAACCAUUGACCCCUUCAGUACUAUGCCUUCAAACCUGUAUAACUGUAUAUCUCUCAUGUCACAGUAGGACCCUCAGUAUAUAUGAAAGCACCACAUUAAUGUCCAUUUCGUCCAAGGUGACCCCUUAUAGAGUUGAGAAUUAAUGAUGGAAAUUGUCAAUUGCUCCUCCUAAAGUUACACAUUGUAUACAGUAUAUGGAAGAAUAAAUCGAUCUACCUAAUUUUUAUUUA